UGUUUUUUCCCCUAAAGUUUCAUUACCUAGUUUCAUGGUUUGUAGUAACAAAAAUCACCUGCCUCAUGUACCACCCACUCCUCUCCCCUUGCCGUCUGUCCCUAGGCAACCCGGAAACAAUUGGGAAAGCAGAAGUUAAUGAAGCUUAUGAAACCUGUCCCCCUUCUCUCCAGCCCCCUGUCUCCCCACACCUCACCUCCCCCCACAUUAUGGUAGCUGCAUGAUUCAGAGAGACACCCAGCUAGAUCUACCCUGUAGGUUGGAGCAGGGACCAAGCCUCGCCUUCAUGCUCCAGACAAAUGGGCUGGAUCCAGUCUUUAGGCUGAGAGCUAGGGAUCCAACAACCUUUCUCUUAAGAGGUAGACCGGAGUAAAAGAAGCUAGCAAAAGAGACAGAAGGAAAAAAAAAAAAAAAGACAGAUCAGGAAAUUGGAAGGAAGGAUGGGAUGGCAAGUGUUAUCUUAUACUUAUCAGUGGGUGAAGAGUUAAAUGGUUGAAAGCUGAGAAGUACAGGUUGCGUCUGAAAGUUGGGACAUUGGUCCCCAGAACCAGAACUGUUUGUGUGCCCUACCUGGUGAAGGCAGAAUCUGGGUUGCAGGCAUCCAGACAGGAAAGUGAGGAAGAAGAGGCAGCAAGGGUUAGAUUAUUCUUUCUAGAACUUGACUGGGAAGGGGUGAGGGAGGGGAUGAGGAGAGAGUGCAUUCAUAGAAACAGUGCACACAGAACAUGCAUUUGCCUAGCGAGAGCACAAGAGAGUUGAUGAUGGUUGCUUAAGGGGAAGGCAAGGUCAAGAGGGAAAGUUCUUUUGAAUGUCAGAAAUUUGAUCAUGUUUAUAGCCUGAGGAAUGGGAGCUGAUGGUGAAAGAGAUUAAAUGCCUGUCAGAGUAGAUGAUUAAUGGUCUUACCCUUGCGAAGCACAGACUGGGUGGGAACUUCCUCACAGUCAGGACAGAGGUGAGGGGGAGCCGAGGACCAUGUGAGUAGUCGUCCUUCGUCCUUCAGACUUACUGGCUGGAGGGAGAAGCCGGACCAGAACUCAGAGAUCACAGCCAAACACUAACGAUUGACCGGGGAGGAGCUGCUAAGUCGCACAUCUCUUGAGACCCAGAAGCUUGAUCUGAUGACUGAAGUUUCUGAGCUGAAACUCAAGCUGGUUGGCAUGGAGAAGGAGCAGAGAGAGCAGGAGGAGAAGCAGAGAAAAGCAGAGUCGGUUCUGAAUGUGAUCAGUGAGCUGCAGGAGCAGAUGUGUAGGCUGCAGCUGGACAUCCACAGGCAGAUUCAAGAGCGCCUCUUACUCAGUAGGGGCCGCCCUGAGGAGGUGGCGGCUGGUGACAGCGCAGCCGAGCCCUCGCCCUGCGGCCAGGACUGUGCCUGUUGGGAGGGGUCACCUGAGUUACUGCAAGAGCUCAGGCACCUCAAAAUCAAGGUAGAAGAGUUGGAGAAUGAACGGAAUCAGUAUGAGUGGAAGCUGAAGGCCACUAAGGCUGAGGUAGCCCAGCUGCAAGAGCAGGUGGCCCUGAAGGAUGCAGAAAUUGAGCGCCUGCACAGCCAGCUCUCCCGGACUGCAGCCCUGCACAGCGACCACGCAGAAAAAGACCAAGAAAUUCAACGUCUGAAAAUGGGGAUGGAAACUUUGCUUGUUGCCAAUGAAGAUAAGGACCGUCGGAUAGAGGAGCUCACAGGGCUGUUAAACCAGUAUCGGAGGGUGAAGGAGAUCGUGAUGGCAACUCAAGGGCCUGCAGACAGAACUCUCUCAAUCAAUGAAGAAGAACUCGAGGGAAGUUUCCGAAAGUGGAACAGUGCAAACAAAGGCCCUGACGAAUUACUUAAGCCAGAGAUGCCUCCAAGAUGUAGCUCUCCCACCGUGGGGCCACCUCCACUCCCGCAGAAAUCACUGGAAACCAGGGCUCAGAAAAAGCUCUCAUGUAGUCUAGAAGACCUGAGAAGUGAACCUGUGGACAAGUGUGUCGAUGGGAACCAGCUCUCCCCAGUGAUAGAACCCAAGGACGGCCCUUUCCUGGCAGAGCACAAAUACCCCACAUUACCUGGGAAGCUUUCGGGAGCUACGCCCAAUGGAGAGGCUGCCAAGUCAACUCCCAUGGCCUCACAGCCCGACCCCACAGGGGGCAGCCUGCUCAGGCUGAAUCGUGGCCGGAGUGUCAGUGCCCCCGUAUUAGGAGACACAGAAAGUGGUUGGGACGACACUGCUGUGGCCAAUGACCUCUCAUCCACAUCAUCGGGCACUGACUCAAGCCCCCAGUCUCCCCUGACGCCAGAUGGUAAACGGAGCCCCAAAGGCAUCAGGAAAUUCUGGGGAAAAAUCCGAAGAACUCAGUCAGGAAAUUUCAACACUGAUGCUCCGGGGAUGGCAGAGUUUCGACGCGGUGGGCUCCGGGCAACCGCAGGGCCAAGGCUUUCUAGGACCAGAGACUCCAAGGGCCAGAAAAGUGACGCCGGUGCCCCCUUUGCCCAGUGGAGCACAGAGCGUGUGUGUGCGUGGCUGGAGGACUUCGGCCUGGGUCAGUACGUGAUCUUUGCCAGGCAGUGGGUGACUUCUGGCCACACUUUACUGUCAGCUACCCCUCAGGACAUGGAAAAGGAGUUAGGAAUUAAGCAACCUCUGCACCGGAAGAAGCUGGUUUUAGCAGUGAAAGCCAUCAACACCAAGCAGGAGGAGAAGUCCGCGCUGCUCGACCACAUCUGGGUGACACGUUGGCUUGAUGAUAUUGGCUUACCCCAAUACAAAGAUCAAUUUCAUGAAUCCAGAGUUGAUGGGCGAAUGCUACAAUAUCUGACUGUGAAUGAUCUCCUCUUCUUAAAAGUCACGAGCCAACUACAUCAUCUCAGCAUCAAGUGUGCCAUUCAUGUGCUACAUGUCAAUAAGUUCAACCCCCACUGCCUACACCGGCGGCCAGCUGACGAGAGUAACCUUUCUCCUUCAGAAGUUGUACAGUGGUCUAACCACAGGGUGAUGGAGUGGUUGCGAUCUGUGGACCUGGCGGAGUAUGCGCCCAAUCUUCGUGGGAGUGGUGUCCAUGGAGGCCUCAUUAUCCUGGAGCCCCGCUUCACUGGGGACACCCUGGCUAUGCUUCUCAAUAUUCCACCACAGAAGACGCUCCUCAGACGUCACCUAACCACCAAAUUCAAUGCCCUGAUUGGUCCUGAGGCUGAACAGGAAAAGCGAGAGAAAAUGGCCUCCCCGGCUUACACACCACUGACCACCACAGCCAAAGUCCGGCCAAGGAAACUGGGAUUUUCACAUUUUGGAAACAUAAGAAAAAAGAAAUUCGAUGAAUCGACAGACUACAUUUGCCCAAUGGAGCCCAGCGACAGUGCUGGUGACAGUCACAGGGUCUACAGUGGCUACCGGGCCCUCAGCCCCCUUGAUGCCCCUGAACUGGAUGGGCUGGACCAGAUGGCGCCUUCGGAAGGCACUGUGACGCAGAUAGGGCUCCUCUCCCAAGACAUUCACCGUCUCACGACUAUGCUGAGCCAGGACCAGCUGCUGAACGACUCUCGCCUGGCGGCUCCCAACCCUGAGGACUGGAGAUGACUUUCUUCAUGGCCAAGAGGCCAGAGAGGCACGUGUGGGGGCCCCAAGUCUCUGCUUCAAGGGGGGGCUGGCACAGCCACCCGCAGAGUCCAGACGGGCUGGCAGGACAUCUUGGAACGUGGGUGCUGACAGGAGCGAGCAGAGUGGUGAACAGAUGUCAGGGGGUGGGCCCAGGGGGCCCCGUGUUUUCAACUGUACUGUGCUCUUCACCACAGCUUUAAUACCUUUUGUACUUUUAUACGUGGACUGCACCCCACUUCUGUGGGGAGGGCAGUGAGACAUCAGCACAGACUCGAUUCAGUGGCUCACGCUCUUCCCUGAGACAGUUGGGAGGUUCUUAACACCAAAGGGAAAGGGCAAUGAGUCCAUAAAAGCUCUGCUGUUAAGAAAA